AUGGCGCUGUACCUUACCCGCUCGCUUCUACUUACCCUUCUCUUCAGCUCAGUAGCCAGUGCAGGUAGACGGAAAUGCGUCCGUUCAUCCACUCUUUCCACCCUCUCCACACCGUUGGACUCGGCCACCAGCGCCACGCCGACCACUAGCCAUAUCAGCGUCACUCUUUCGACUCCAACGACUCUCUCUACCGUCAUCUCGUCUUCUACCCCCAGCACAUCCGAGGCUAUUUCGCCAACCACACCGGCAACUCCUUCUGCUACUGAAUCGACCACGCCAAGUAGCAGUCAAGAAAGCCUGUCAACGCCCUCAAAUCCCAGCUCCGAUACCGCGACCCCAUCGGGGACAUCAACACCAGAGACUGGCAUCUCAACCCCAGCAACAAGUUCUGAAGCUGCCACGCCGACAUCGCAGACUACAACGCCAAGCACACCGAUUGCAUCAACAACUCCAGGGACUGAGAUUUCAACUCCAUCUACAUCUGAGACCCCAGCCUCGACCACACAGACACCAUCUACAUCAGAAAUCAGCACUCCUUCAACCACUCCAUCGCCUGAAUCAUCAACUCCCAUAUCAAGCACGGAGACCCCAUCUACCUCAGAUGUUAGCUCUGUCGCUUCCACGCCCGGAACCCCAACCCCAAUUUCAAGCACUGAAACGCCAUCUGCACCAGACUCCAGUGCCAUCGCCAGCAGCACUGAAACCACACCAUCCGUGACUCCAACCUCAAGCACCGAGAUCUCAUCCACAACAGCUGCCAGUUCUUCCACAAGCGAGCUCUCCCCCACGUCAACACCAGAGGCCACAUCCACGGUACCUGAAUCUUCCACCCCUUCAUCGACUGUGCCGUCAACAACCACAUCCAGCCCACCCCAGCCGACAUGUGACACGGCAACGCCCAUCAAGAACGGAGACUUCGAGACCGGUUCCUUGACCCCAUGGAGGCUCAGCACCAGCAACACCGUCCAGACCACGGUUAGCUCCGGCGGCUACGCCGGGACCAAUUUCAAAUUCAACACAUUCAACUUCGACUACCCCCAGUAUCUGGAGAUGUACCAGGACGUCCAGACCUGCGGGAACACCCGGUUCUUCUGCACGUACUGGUGGAAGUGGGACAAGUACUACUCCGUCAGAAGGGGGGGCACGAACUACGUUCCCUACGUGCGCAUCUGGCAGGGCAACACCGUGAUUGGAAACCGCUUUCCGGAGAGUGACGCCGAUACGGGGGUGUGGCUCAGAGGCAGCUUCGAGUUCACCACGCCUACGGAUGGGACGUCGAGGAUCUGGAUUACUGCUGAGAGUCCUCAGAACCCUGGCAUUAAUAGGAGGAAUUCGCUCGCGUUGGAUGAGAUUCAGUGUACUGCUUAUAAUUAG